AUGAAGCACGGCAAACCACCGGUCUCCAAGGUUAAAUUGCACGGCACCACAUUAUACGAAGACUCCCACAUCGACAGAGAGGAAUAUAUCAGACUGGUCAUUCAAAGCUUGCGAGAUGUCGGAUAUAUUGAAUCAGCCGCGACGUUAGAAGCAGAGUCAGGUUACGUUAUGGAGACUCCAGAGGUCGCAGAAUUCAGACAAUGCAUCUUGGAAGGAGCAUGGACCGCAGCAGAAGAUGCUCUUACACAGUUAUGUGGACCUCAGGAUGAUGGACUAUGGGAAGCCAAGUUCUUGAUUAGCCGACAAAAAUAUAUGGAGUAUCUUGAGCUUGGCAGCAUACCACAAGCACUGUAUGUCCUCCGGAACGAACUAGCGCCCUUGCACAUUGACCCAGAACAGCUGCAACCAUUAGCCAGCCUAGUGAUGUGCACGGAUGCAGCAGAUCUCAAACAACGAGCCGAUUGGGACGGUGCCCAUGGCUCAUCACGACGAAGACUUCUCAGUAACCUACAACAAUAUAUUCCUUCUUCACUCAUGAUUCCUCCACGCCGUUUUUCCACCCUCCUUGACCAAGCGCGUCUAUAUCAACGCUCAGAAUGCAUUUAUCACAAUGCCCCUGUUACUUCACGCAAUUUUUCGCUAUAUAGUGACCAUCAAUGUGAUAGAGAUAUGUUUCCUCGACACACGACGGCGAUUUUGGAAGUGCACAAAGACGAGGUUUGGAGCCUGGAGUGGAGUCAUGAUGGCAGGUGGCUAGCGAGUGCUGGCAAGGAUCGUACUGUCAUCAUUUGGUCCGUAGGGAGUGAACCAGAGCCAUCAAUACGACGAUACUCGCCAGAAUUUAUCUUGCGUGAUCACCCAUUUCAAGUUGGUUGCAUUGCAUGGUCAUUAGAUGACUCGAUAUUACUUUCUGCGUCGGAGCAGCUUAUAAAGAUGUGGAAUACCAAGACUGGGUUGUGCAUUCGAACUCUCGAAGCUCACACAGAAACGGUGUCAGCAUUGGCCUGGGUACCUGACGGAUCAGGCUUCAUAUCUGGUUCUCAGGACCGUAAGAUCAUCCUGUGGGGCGCGGACGGAAAGCAGCGUGAUUCCUGGGGAAUCACGGCCGUCCGGAUAGUCGAUCUUGCAGUGACUCCCGAUUUCACACGCCUAGUUGUCGUGGGCGAAUGUGCGACAGGAAUUCCCGCUAAUCAUUCGACGCCGCCUGGAAGAGGUGAGACGGCCCCUCCUCCGACUCCAGCUGGCAGGAGUGGUGGGGUGCCUACGAGCGCGAAUGGUGCGCGAAACGCUGACAAUCGCAUGAUUGUGUAUGACUUGACCACGAAACAACAAGAAUUGUCUAUCGCUUUUGAAGACCAACUCACAAGCGUGAAGAUAUCUGACGACUCACAGUACGCUCUCAUCAACCACGCGCCAGAUGAGCUCCAAUUAUGGGACAUCUCGACCGGCCGAAUGACACGUAAAUAUACCGGGCAGCGCCAAGGGAAGUUUAUCAUACGAAGUUGCUUCGGCGGCGUCGAUGGUAAUUUUGUGGUCAGCGGAAGUGAAGAUGGUAACGUGUAUGUCUGGCAUCGGGAUCGUGGUAUCCUCCUCGAAGUAUUGUCCGGCCACGGAGCUGGCAGCGUGAACUCCGUUGCAUGGAAUCCAAGGAAUAAGCGAAUGCUCGCUUCCUGUUCAGACGACUUCACUAUUCGGAUAUGGGAGGCGCUUCCAGCAGAUACAUUCGACCAGACCGUGUCAUUCCAAGUGGAUACCAGAACGGGACAGGAACAGGAACAAGAGUCAAGUGGGAAAGGGAAGGGUAAGAGAAGAGAGCCCUGGGAUGAAGAAUAGCUCGCGCCAAUAUAUUCGGGUGCAUUUGGUCUGACAUGGAUUGACUGAAAGUACUUAGCCUUGUUCUAAAUUCACUUCCACGCACUCGCAUUCGUUUUCCACUCAUCGCUCUUUUCGUUUUGCAUGCAUACUUACGGUACACAUUUACACCCAACCCUUGCUUUCUCACACAUUGAAUCGUCAUAUUUGCAUGUAGAUGGCAUCACUAUAGCAAUUCUGAAUGAUGACCAGCGUAAUCACUC